GCCCCGGGCCGGCUCCAUUUUGUCCGGAGAGCCGGCGGGCGGGGAACGCUGCGCCCCGGAGCGGCCGCUUUGUCUCCCGCAUCCCGGCGGCGGCGGGCGUUGGGCACGGGCGGCGGGGGGAUGCGCGCCGCGGGGCCGCCCGGGCACCUGCGAGCCGAGGGUCCCCGCGAGGAACGAGCGGCCUGGCGGGCCCCCGGCCCGCUCCGCGCCUACAGCAUGCAGCCAUCUGGCGGCUGGCUCGCCCCGGACUUGCCCCGAAGGUUAAAAUUGUACAAGGAUCCACCAGCUUUUUGACAGGUAUUUGAGAAUACCACUGAUACACAAUUCUGACAGUAUUUCAGACAAUGGAUGGCGACAGCUCUACCACAGACGCUUCCCAGCUAGGGAUUUCUGCAGACUACAUUGGAGGAAGUCAUUAUGUGAUCCAGCCCCAUGAUGAUACUGAGGACAGCAUGAAUGAUCAUGAAGAUACAAAUGGUUCAAAAGAAAGUUUCAGAGAACAAGAUAUUUAUCUUCCAAUUGCAAAUGUGGCUAGGAUAAUGAAAAAUGCCAUACCUCAAACAGGAAAGAUCGCAAAAGAUGCCAAAGAAUGUGUUCAGGAAUGUGUGAGUGAAUUUAUAAGCUUCAUAACGUCUGAAGCAAGCGAAAGGUGUCAUCAGGAGAAGCGGAAGACAAUCAAUGGGGAGGAUAUUCUGUUUGCCAUGUCCACUCUAGGCUUUGACAGCUACGUGGAGCCUCUGAAACUGUACCUUCAGAAGUUCAGAGAGGCCAUGAAAGGAGAGAAGGGUAUUGGGGGAGCAGUCUCCGCUACAGAUGGACUAAGCGAAGAGCUCACGGAAGAGGCAUUCACUAACCAGUUACCAGCUGGCUUAAUAACUGCAGAUGGUCAACAGCAAAACGUUAUGGUUUACACGACGUCUUACCAACAGAUUUCUGGUGUCCAGCAAAUUCAGUUUUCGUGAUCGGAAGGAAGGACGGAACCGGGCUUGUGUGGAGAGAGUCUGAUGGAGUCUGGGGCAGAGGCAUGGGAGGGAGUGAGGGUGAAGCUGCCUCCUUGUACUAUAAGUAGCUGUAAUGUAGCUUCCUGAUGCUUGACUAAUUGAGGUGUUAAUUCUGACUUGAGAAUCUUUUUCAUGAAUGAUUUUAAAAGAAAAAAAUUGGAUUUUAAAGGUAUUAAAAUAUUUUUGUUUUGUACGAGAGUUUGUUGCUCUGUAUGACGCCUGUAUGCAUUGUAUAUUGCAAUUUAUUACUGUCAGAGAUUUGUAGACAGUUUCUUAUUUUCAUAUUGAAUCAUGUUAUUUUGUAAUUCAAGUAAGCAGCUGGGUUAAUUCAUAAUGUUUACCCUUUUAAUAAAAUAUAAGGGUAGAGUUCAUUUUGAAUGAAAGUUGCCUUCAUUAUAAAUUUGAGUUUGUCUUGGCUAUAUAUUAUCUUGCAUGGUAACUUAGAUGUUUUAGCAUUUAUUUAUUGAAAAAAAAUUUUUUUUUUUGGGUAAAACAGUCAUAGCUUAAGCAACUUUGUUUUUUGUUUUUUAAUUGUAAUUGAAUAAUUAAGUUAGAUGCAGAAGCAAGUCUUGUCUGGCCUAUUAAACUUGGUGCCCAUUAAACUGUGGCUGUUCAGGCAGCUUCAGUUACUAUCAAGCCUGUUAGAAUUCAUUUCCCUUUGAUGUGGUCCUAGCACCCUGGAAAUGGUCCCUUUCUUCAAGUGUUAGUCUCCUUCACGAAGAGGGACUUUUCAGUCCAUUGAUAGUCAUUUUACCUUCAC